AUGACAACACCUGCUCCCUCCCAGCGCGACCCCAUAACCUGUCAUGUCCUCGACACAACCACCGGCCGCCCCGCACCAAACAUUGCCGUAAAACUCUCCUGGAGCGAAAACCCCAACAUCACCUUUAGCAGCGUCACCAACAGGGAUGGUCGCAUCGCAAACUGGCAGUUCGACAAAUCCUCCUUCCCCAUGGAAGAUCUAUACAACCAAGUUCGGGCGGCCACAGGGGAGGGCGACAUUACGAUCGAGUUCAUGAUAACGAAUUGGGGGGCACAGGGUAAAGCGGCGCUACCGAAGGGAAGCAGCAUGUGGAAAUUGGAAUUUGAUACGGGGGCUUAUUUCGGGAUUGAGAAGACCUUCUUCCCGAAGGUCGAGUUGACGUUUCUGGUGAAACCGGGCGAGCAUUUUCAUGUUCCGCUGUUGCUUGGGCCGUAUAGCUACACGACUUAUAGGGGGAGUUAG